CACUUCCUCCCUCUCUCUGUCUCUGACGGCCGCAGAGGCUCACAGCGGCUCACGCGGGCCGGGAUCUUUUCAGGAGAACGUGCGCAGCUCCUCACGCGCUGCCAUCUGCGUUAAAGAACUGAAGGUGGACUGAUUUGAAGGUGGACUGAUUUGAAGGUGGACUGAUUUGCUGGCGAAUUGCAAACCUGUUUUCAGAGAGAUACAUGAGUUAUUGUUGACGUUUUGCUAAAGUACAAUGAGAACACUUUUGGAUUGAGGAAGACCUCUGAAAAAAUGCUGAUUCAGAGGAUCUGGUUGCAGAGCGGUUGCUAGGUCGCAGCUGUGUGUCAAGGCAAGCAUGGAACGAGAGGGUUCGUUUAGGAGGAGCCUCCACAGUAAGCUGAGGUUGGGAGGCGGCUCAUCCUCCAGCCUCACUGACCUCUCGCAGGCGAAAACCUCAGGAGGUGGAGGAGGGGAUAAGGGAGGACUAGCAGAGGAGUGCAGCAGGGACAAAGGGACCCAGCAGAGGAGGGCCGGAGCCAACGCCACCUGGAACGGUAUCCACAGCGCAGUGAUAUCAGUUUUCCAGAGGAAGGAUCUUGGGGAAAAUGAGCUCUACACUCUGAAUGAAGGUGUCAGGCAGCUGCUGAAGACAGAGCUGGGCUCCUUCUUCACAGAGUACCUUCAGAACCAGCUGCUCACUAAGGGGAUGGUAAUACUGAGAGACAAGAUCCGCUUCUAUGAAGGUCAGAAGCUUUUAGACUCCCUGGCUGACACAUGGGACUUCUUCUUCUGUGAUGUUCUGUCAAUGCUGCAAGCCAUCUUUUAUCCUGUACAGGGAAAGGAGCCGUCUGUGCGUCAGCUGGCUCUGCUCCACUUCAGAAACAUCAUCACCCUCAACCUGAAACUGGACGAGGCUCUUUCUCGACCGCGAGCCAGAGUUCCUCCUUCUAUCAUACAGAUGCUGCUAAUACUACAGGGAGUCCAUGAAUCUAAGGGUGUAACUGAUGACUACCUUCGUCUGGAGUCUCUUAUUCAGAAGGUGGUCUCUCCGUACCUCGGGACUCAUGGCUUAUAUUCCAGAGAUGGAUCUUCUAAUUUGCACUGCUCCUCCUGCCUUUUAGAAAAGCGUUUACAGCGUUCCUGGCCCUCCAAACCAGGUAACUCUCCUGCCGCCAAGAACCCAGUGGUACGCUCCAAGAGCUACAACGUUCCCAUGCUGACCCCUGUGGUAGAGUACGACGUCGACUCCUCCACAGGAGGCACCGCAAGUAUCAGACGACACUCAGUCUCUGAGAUGACUUCCUGCUUGGAGGAGUCAAGCUCUGUGGCCGAAUCGACAACCAAUAACACCAGCACAUCCAGCCUCGCCAGCCAUUCUCCAGCUUCAGGAGCCUCUGCUGCACUUUCAGACACUGUGACCACCAGCCAGGAUCCCCCGCCCACAGACUCUGACAGUCCUGCAGGUCCCCUCCCUCUCCAGCCCCAGCAUCACUCCCCCUGCAUCCUCCCUGAGCCGUCCCCAGCUGAGGACACUCUCUGCACAGGCUCGCUGGUGUCAGACUCCUCCGCGUCCUCCAGAGUCCUGGCUCAUGACACUAGCUCCGGUCCCAGUCCUGCAUCCAGUCCAGAGAUCAUGAUAGACAACGUCCUGGAGUCUUUGGACUCUGAGCCAGAGCACGACGGCAUCUUCCUGGACUUCUCACGCCGCUGUUCAGUAGGGUCGACACACAGCAGCGACAGCAACAGGCAGAGUGUGGUGUGACACAUACACACACACAAUGCUGAGCCGUGACUGACAUUCCUCACACCCUGCUGUUUUAUGAAGACUCCAGAUCAUCAGGGAUUCCUUUAAACUGAAUUAUUUUUCUACAAGAUGUGAUUACUCCUCCAAAGUCUAACCUCAUUAUGUUCAAACAUCAGGUGGAAACAUCAGCACUGACCUGACAAUCUACAAUCUUAUCAAAACUAGACCACACAGGAUUUCAUCUCUCAGCAAUACAAAUAUAUAUUUUUAAGAAUGACCACUUUGAGACAAACACUGAGCCGGUGAUGAAAACACAUCCUCGAGGUAUUUGCACACGCCGAAGAAUGAAAACGUUUCAGUCAUGUAAUGUAUCUCUUCAAGACUGGGGCUAUUGAAUAUCUUUAGCCGUCAAAUUCACACUUUUAACAUUUCAUUGUGUAACAAACUCUCCAGUUUAACCAAUGAUCCUGCUAUAUUGUUGGUUGAACUCAAACUUGUGUUAUCAUUUGAUGAUUAAAAUAUUGAUUUGAAUUUUG